GACUGAGACAACAUAGAGAAUUGGUGAAUUUGAUUUAAAAGAGAAAAAAUGCAAAAGCAAAUGCAUUCGUUUCAAAGAGUGAUUCCGUGGCCUGACGGGGCAGUUCAGUGGGCAUGUAUGGUGGCAGACAACGUGUUAAGGCACCCUUUUUGGACAGGUUCCUUGUAAAUUCCUAUUGGAUUUGUCCAACAAGGGUGCAAAAGAGUCCAAUUCCCAUCACAAUAAGUUCAUUUCACAGUUCAUUAAACAUCGUUAUUAUUACCUUUUCCAUUUUGUUUUAUAAAUCGUACACUAAAUUAACAUACAGCAAAAAAGUGAAGUAAAAUAAAACAAUACUGAUUUUUAAUCAUGCACAAUCGAACGCAAAAGCUGCACGGAACACCCUCUGCGAGCUUGCAUCCGAGCGCAAAGCGUGCGAGCGAAAGAGUGCGCAAGACACAGGCACAAAGAGUGCGCGAGAGCGAGAGGAGCGCCUCUAGAUAAGUGUUAUCGUACACCACCACCACCAUCACGAUCGCAACGACUCAGCCCCCAUCCAAAAAAAGGGAUUCGGGAUUGAAAUAAAAUUGUGUGUCAUCGUUCGCCGGUGUGCUAGUAGUCGUCGUGACUUGUUGCCGGUUGCGUGUGUGCGAGCGCGCGUCCCGUGUCUAGUAAGCAGUAAAAAAAAAGCAGUACAAAAUGGUGGUGGCCAAAAAGUGGAUCUACGCGAAGCCGUUCGAGGGCCUGCCGAAGGACGAAAACUUCCGGCUGGAGGAGGAAACGCUGCCGGAACCGGGCGAGAAUGAGUUUGUUGCCGAGGCCGUGUUCCUGAGCGUCGAUCCGUACAUGCGCCCGUACAUGGCCAGCUAUCCGGCCGGCACGGUCAUGAUCGGGGGCCAGGUGGCGAAGGUGACGGCCAGCCGGCACCCGCAGUUCCCGGUCGGUGCGACCGUGUUCGGCAACUUUGGCUGGCGGACGCACACGCUGGUGAACCCGGAGCAGGGCGCCGCCGACAGCCGGCCGUACGUGCUGCCCCCGUUCGGGGCGCACCCGGCGUCGCUCGGGCUCGGCGUGCUCGGCAUGCCGGGCAACACCGCCUACUUCGGCUUCCUCGAGCUGUGCCAGCCGAAGCAGGGCGAAACGGUGGUGGUGAGCGGGGCGGCCGGUGCGGUCGGCAGCCUGGUCGGCCAGAUCGCCAAGAUCAAGGGCUGCCGGGUGGUGGGCAUCGCCGGCUCGGACGACAAGUGCGGCUGGCUGCGGGAGCUCGGCUUCGACGCCACCAUCAACUACCGGCAGGUGGAGCGGGACGCGUUCGCGGACGCGCUGCGGGCGGCGGCCCCCGGCGGCGUGGACUGCUACUUCGACAACGUGGGCGGCUACAUCUCCGAGGCGGUGCUCGGCCAGAUGAACCUGUACGGGCGCAUCUCGGUGUGCGGCACGAUCUCGAACUACAACGCGGAGCGGGCGCAGGUCGCCGACCCGCAGCGCCUGUUCGUGUUCAAGCAGCUGCGCCAGGAGGGCUUCAUCGUGACGCGCUGGGCGAAGCGGUGGAUGGAGGGCAUCCGGCAGAACCUGCAGUGGAUCGAGGAGGGCCGGCUGCGCUACCAGGAAACGGUCACGGAUGGGUUCGAGCAGAUGCCGGCCGCCUUCGUCAGCAUGCUGACCGGGGGGAACACGGGCAAGGCGGUGGUCAAGGUUUAGACACGUACACGCACACAACCAUCAAUCAACACACACACACAAGCGCCAUCGCGCGCAAAAGAGAAUAAAAAGUGAGUACCGUUUUCGUAGGUGCAAAUCAGA